CUGAAGAAUGGAAGGUCUCUACAUUAACAGCAGCUCACAGGACCAAACCUACGAUUACAGCAACACCACCUCCAACUACCAGAAAAACAGCAACACCACCUCCAACUACCAGAAAAACAGCAGCACCACCUCCAACUACCAGAAAAACAUCAGCACCACCUCCAACUACCAGAAUUUCAGCAGCAUCACCUCCAACUACCAGAAUUUCAGCAGCACCACCCCCGACUACCCGGAUUACAACGAGUUCUAUGAGUAUUUCAAAAAACUUGAUCUCAUCACACAUGUGGUGAUACACAUAAUCAUUGCUGUCGGCCUUCCUCUGACCCUGGUGGCCAUCUAUGCUCUUUAUUCUAUGGUGAGAAGAGAUCAUGUUGCUCCCAUCUACGUCAUCAACCUCCUCAUUACCGACGUCCUUCAGUUCUGCUGCAUGAUCAUUCGGGUGGCACCAAAUGGGAAGAUAUCUGAAAUCUUCUAUAGUAUUUACCUCUCUGCUCUGUUGGCCAGUGUUUACUUCAUGGUCUGCAUCUCCCUGGAAAGGUAUUUGGUCAUCGCCCACCCACUGUGGUACCGCUGCAGACGAACCAUCAAGACCUCUGUGGUGGUCUGUGUUGUGCUGUGGGUCCUUACUGGUGUCUGUGGCGUCCUUUUAUUUUUCUCUGUUUGUGUGUUUAUACUCAUAAUAUUCCCCAUCCUCCUCCUCCUUCCCUUCCCACUGUUAAUAUUCUCCCUGGUUGGGACCCUCAAAGCCCUGUCUGCUUCCAUCUCGGUCCCCUCUGAUGAAAAACGACGAAUUGUCGGAAUUUUAGUUCUGGUGCUGCUUAUUUACACUCUGCUGUUCCUACCCGACAUCAUUUGGUUCCUGAUAGUAUCUUACAUAAACAAUGACGUGACCCUCAACCUCCUUUCUUUCAUCUUUGUCAGGCUGAGUCCUCUUGCAGACUUGUUCCUGUAUGUGUUUAUGAGGAAAGGGUUCAUAGACAAGCUUUUGGCCUCUGUGUGUUGCUGCAGAAUGGAGAGCAAUGAUAUCAGCAGUCCAUCAGUAUGA